CUGCAUCGGGAGAUGUCUCGGCUGCUGCAGGAGAUCAAUGAGAACAAUUCCAUGGAAAGCCUGUACCUUUCUGCAUGGUGGUUGCUGUGGCUGCCUUGGCUCGGAGCUGUUCUGGCCUUCUGGCUGGCCAGGAGAUGGAAAGGAUACAGCAGCAAGGGGAAAGACAACAGUAAGGAGAAGGCUGGCACUCAGGAGGAGGUCGAGAGCAAGAAGAUCAGUGAGCAUACGGAGAAGGGCCUGCCCAGCACGAAGGUGCUGAAGGAGCUGGUGGACGAGCUCCUCCGUGUCUGCCGAGUGCUCUCCCGGAGGAACUCCAUGCCUGAGUUGCACCUGGCCGCUGGGAUGGACACCAGCUCUGAAGCCUGGAGCAUCCAGGGGAGCAGCAGCACCUUCCGCCCGCUGGUCAUCCUGCGGCCAUCCCCUGGCUACUCCUUCCACACACACAGCACGGGGCGACCACCAGCCGGGCGCAUCCGUGUGGCACUGGAGUGCCUGUGCUCCGGGGAGCAGCUGCUGGGGCAGACGUGCUUCCUGCACGCCUCUGGUGGCCAGCUGCCCAGGGAGCAGAACCUGCUGGACACCCUCUGCACAGGCUCCUGCUUGGAUGCAAAGAAAGUCAUCCGCUGGGUCCAAAUGUUGGUGUCAUCAGCCUGGCUGCUUUUGCCGCAGUCGUGUUACUGCCAGCUCACGGCGCUGCCCUCCAGCAAGUCCUGCAGCUGGCAGCUGAGCAGCACCUCUGGGCUGCACUGCAGGAUUGAGAUGGAUUUGGCCGUGCAGGAAUGCAGCUCAGGUGCCCACCUGAGCCUUGAGUAGGCAGCAGCCAGCUCUGCCAGCAGCACCGUGAGGGCCAGAGAGCUGCCGCCUCUUUUUCCUAAAUACCAC